CAAGAUGGCGGGGAGAAAACAGUCUGUUGAUUUCCACGACAACAAACAAAGUUGCUCCCUACUUCGCGGUUUAUUCGAACAGAGAAAAGACGGUUCAUUUUGUGAUGUUGUCCUGAAGGUGUGCGACCAAAAGAUAUAUGCACACGCUAACAUUUUGACGGCCGCUAGUAGCUACUUUCAGGAAAUCUUGAGUCAGGAAGGGCCUCGACAAUUUUCUCAAAAAUCUCCACAAAUUAUUGAAAUUUUGAUCAACGAUGGAUCAAAUCAGAGUCAACAAGAUGAACCCAUCUACGUCCGUGCAGUAGAGACUUUGAUUGACUUCAUAUACACAUCGAAGAUAAGUCUGGAUGAUACCAUCAUUGGUAAAGUUGUCGACAUGGCGAAAGUUAUGAGAAUGGAAGCGGUGGUAAAGAUUUGUGGAAAGUAUCUCGAAAAACUUCAAAAAUCAGUUGAAAAAGAUGGUGGUGAAUUGGAAGAUGACCUGUCAUGGCCUGUCGAUAUUGACAGUAUCAAAACACCCGAUCCGAAGGCUGGUGAGCAAGAUACGAUGGAGUUAGACAAAAGUACUACGGAUGAGGGAAAUGUAGAGUUGCGCUCAUCGAGGGGACGUCCCAUUAAAAGGAAAGUCUUUACCGAAAGUGUUUCACUAAAAAGUCCUCCAAAGAAAGCAGUAGAUGUAGAUGAUGACCCAAAUUAUAGUCCACCUCGGAAGCAGAACAGGCUUGCUCUGAUAGCAGAUGCGGCAACUGCUGUUGAGGCAGAGACAGCAAAGACAGAUGGCACUACUGAACCAAAAGAACCAAUCGCUGAAGAAGCGAUCCACAAAUGUGACCAUUGCACCUACAAGACAUCUAAUAAGUAUCAUUUUAAGCGUCAUCUGACAGUACACAACAUAGGAACGAUGCAUCGAUGUGACGAGUGCAGAUUCGCAACACGCAAGCCCCGGGAAAUUGUUGAACACAAAAAUGCUCAUAAACGUGAUCGUAAUGAAUGCGACUAUUGUGAUCUUUUAUUCAACUCGAAGGAAGACUUUGAUUUACAUUACAAAAAUCACAAAGACACUAACAAACCUUUCUACUGUUGGGAAUGUAAGGCUCGAUUUAAAACUCGAUACCAACUAGAACUGCACCACCCGACACAUUCAGAUAACCGUCCAUUUGCAUGUGAUAAAUGUGAUGCAACAUUCAAGUGGAAACAUGCUUUGAAGAAUCACCAAGUUGUACAUUCAGGUACAAAGGGCCAUCUGUGCACUGUGUGUGGAUAUGCUACAGCUCACAAACAACAGUUGAAAGCUCAUAUGUUGAUUCACUCUGGAGAUCUCUUCAAAUGUGAAGUGGAAGGAUGUGAGUUCAAAUGUACAAAGAAACAGAACCUGAAAUACCACAAAUUGACUCAUACAAAGGAGAAGCCCCACCAGUGUGAGCAAUGUGGCCAAUCAUUCACUCUGCUCAAGAACAUGAAGAGACACAAAUUGAUGCAUUCAAAGAUUCUCCGGUGUAAAUGUCCUCAGUGUGACUUUGGAACCACCAGGAUGGAUAAGUUACGUGACCACUUACAAAAGCAGCAUCAAGUAGGAGGCCCUGCUGGCACAACUGUGCAAAUACCAUACACAACAGAGCUGAUGGUUGAUGACAGGCUCGAGAGGAUCAUAGUACAGAUAGAGCAAGAAGCUGAUAAACUAUCAGAUCUGCCACAGGAGGCUAUACAGGAUAUGGUCCACCAGAUUGCUGUACAGUCUAUUCAGUCACCUGGUGUUGACAUAUUGCAGACAGUGGAUGGUACACGCAUCAUACCUGUCUCUCUUGUGACAUCACAAGUGGGCAACAAGUCUAACAACCAGUUAGAAGCCAUUACUCUAUUCACAGGGGACCGACAAAUAAUGACUGGAACUAUUGGUCCAGGAGUUCCCGAAUCAGCUGUUGAUGUUAUCGAGAAAAAAGAAUCAGAUCUUCAGAUUAUAAAUAUCACUACUAAUGAGAAUGUUGAACACAAUAUAGAUGGCACUGAGGCAUCUGGGGUAAUUGACGAGCGUGGAGAAAUUGACGUAAAUGUAAACUCUGAAGAAGACGAUGUCGAACAGUUACUUAAGAAUGAGAAUAUGACAGGAAUUCAACAGCUAGAGGUCACGGGUGAUAACCAUUUAAUCUUACACCCUGUUAUACAAGAUGGUUACCCCCCACAAAUGACAUCUCAAGUACCUAUAGAUGAGCAUCUGGUGGUUAAAAUGUAUGCUGGCCAGCAAGGGAUUAUGAGUGUUCAAUCUAAUGUAGAUGAUGUAGAACAGAAGAUUAUCCUACAAAGUCCUGAUGAAAAUGUGGAACAUGUUGAAGUUGAAAAGGUUGACACCAUGGGACUAACACAGCUCAAGGCUGAAGAUCAUGAAAAUCAAGAUCAGGAUAAUGUGAUAGAGUUUGUAUACAGAGAUGAAUUGGGAGUUGCCAUGGAGACAGACCCUGAGAGCCUUCAGCGUAUGCAGUCAGACACCCAGAGUGUUGUUCACAUCACCAGUUUGCUCCAGGCAACGGGACAAACUAGUCAAGGAAGUGUAUCAACAGACAUUGCAUCCUGAUAUUGUUGUCAUGGAGACAGUUUAAAACAA